AUGCAGAUUGCAGAAGAGCGAGGCAUUCGGGAAGUAUCAUCUUCUCCAACCCCCAAGAGACACGCCUUGUUUUUAAUCAUUUAUGCCCCGAGAAGAGGAAUUCUGGAAGUCUGGGCCAUGCAACGUGGACCAAGAGUAGGAGCCUUUAAUGUGGGGAAACACUGCAGAUUGCUUUAUGCGGGCUAUCGUCUGAUGGGAGUGAACAGUGUGACCAGUCAGGGCUGGCAGCUCCACACGCAGCAGGUCUGUCUCCUGGACUCCACCAACGGAGCACUACGCACCGUCAACAUUCCUUUCCACUUGGCUCUCAGUGACAAGAAGAGUGAGCGGGCCAAAGACAUGCACCUUUCUAAAAAAUUCACUGCUUUGCUCAAGAGUCGGGAUCUAGAACCUGACGUCUUGGAGAAUGAAGCAAAGAGUUUGUUGCUUGAUAUUAAACAUCCUGCCGUUAAAAAACAGGCCCUGGAGUCCCUGCUGUCCCACAGGAGCGCCCCAGUUUCGUGCCUCGCCAACAUCACAAACACUUUGUAUGAAAGCUUCAAGAAUCAAGACGCAGAUGAAGUCGACGAAACAUUAUUCCAGUUUUGCUCAUCGCGGUUAAAACUACUUCGACUUUUCUGUGACAUUCAGAACUUAAACUCCUGCACGGACUCCACAGAAUCCUCCUUUGAAACUCUGGAGGACAUUCACCAGGACCUGUCCCGCGUGGCCUCCAUCCUGCAGCGCUAUGCUCAGCUCCACACUAGACCCAGUGUUUCGUUUGCUCAGGACUCUCCAGACCUGCCCAUGAGCGCUCAGGCCUUUCUCUGUCACAUGGAGAGCUCAGAGGAGGGAGGUCUGACCGUCAGCUGCAAAGAGGAGUCCGAAUGGAACCGGUUAGGUAAUUUCUUCUUUUGGAGUUCUCUGUGUGGGAAAAGCUCCAUCAGUAAAGUUUGUGAGACUCUGGAGCAGGUUGGGAUCCCGCCACAACAGUUAUUGUCUUUGCUGCUGAGCAUGUGGUUGAAAAGAGAGAAGGAGAUUCUGCAGAAACCUAAGGAGACCGUUCAAAACUUACACACUUUACUUGUGACGCUCAGUAAUAUGAAAGGAGCUGUGGAUGAAGCAUGGGACACUCAGUCUGUCUCCCCCUGGUGGCAGCAGGUCCGUAACACGUGUGUCCAAUCCCACAAUGCAGCAGCGGCUCUGUUAGCUGCCUUUGUCGCCCAUCAUGCUACUAAGACCUUUAUCACAAGUCGAGCUGAUAGCAAGCUGCAGUCGGAGUGGGAGGCCGUCUCUCUGGAGCUGGAGCAGUGGCUGGUGUGUGUGCGACAGCUGGAGGAUGUGCUGGUUUUACAGACUCUGCUGCUCCUGCCGCCGCCUCAGGGGACCACAGGGGGCGCUGUAGCACAGUGCUCCAUCAAAACACUGUUAGAGGGAGGAGCUGGUGGAGUCGCAGACAGUGUCUCCAAGUGGGUUUUCAGACACGACUUGGCUCCGGAAAGACUAAAAGACAUUGUUUAUUUUAACGAUGCAGAGACGGAUCCAGAAUCAAAAGAAAAGAAAAGUGAAGAAAAAACUGAAGAGCUGCUGGUUGCACUGUGCAAGCGUUUUCCCAACUCCCUGUCCCCAGACCUGCUCUUUGCCCACUGCUGCUGGGAGUACGUGGUGCAGUGGAACAAGGACCCAGAGGAGGGACGUUACUUGUCGUGGGCUGUUGAACACUUAAAGCAGAUCUCCAAUCCACAUAUCCAACUAGGUAUUUCGGUGAUGAUGUGGAGUACAUUCAUUGUCAAGCGUUUUUCUUCAACUUCUUUUCUCAUGGAAAAGGUCGGAAAAGCGCCCAAAGACCGGUUAUGUAGAAGAGACGUGGGGAUGGGAGACCGCGCUCUGACCUCAUUCCUGGGCAGUUGUGUCCAGCUGCUGCAGAUCCUGAUGGAGGUGACUGGACAAUUGGUUAAGAAUGAGUACCAUCUGUCUUUUUUAAAAUACUUUGCCGACUCUGCGGUGGACGAGGAGGCAGCGCCCGAGGUUUCCGUGGAGGAGGUUUGGAGCGGCGCUGAGGGUCCGGUCUCGAUCGCGGAGCUGGCCCUGGAGCAGAGGGGGGUUCACUACCCGCUGGUUCAGCAUCACUGCCUGCUCGCCUCCCUGCUGCACGCCGCCAUGACCUUCAGUCUGAAAGUCAAACCCCUGAGCCUCUUCGACAGCAAGGGUAAGAAUGCUUUCUUCCGGGACCUAACAUCGAUCCAACUAAUGCCCAACGGAGACAUGGACCCUGCAAUUGUCUCGCUUCGACAAGAUUUUCUUCUGCGAGUGUUGACGAGCUGGGUGCAGGCCAUAGACACUUCUGUGACCUCUGACCCGACCAUGGGGGACUGCUGGCCCUCUCUGUGCCUGGACCUGGCCUCUCUGCUGCAGGUCAACCUCGACAUCCUGCGGCGCCACCUGGUGUAUGAACUCUACAAUCAGGGGCUGGAUGUCCGAGGUGAACAGGCGAUGCUGGAGGUGGAGGAUAAGGACGUUCUUGGUUCUCAGUUGUUGGUUCUGACCGGGCAGAGACUCAGCUUCUCUCUGUUGCACAGUCAGAGUCAGACCCCGCCCUCCAUGGAGCUGCUGGCCCGUCUGCCCCCCACCCUCUGCACAUGGCUCAAAGCGAUGGACCCCAGUGAGCUGCGUUCUCCCGCCGCCCUGUUGUCUCAGAACCACAGACUGAUCAGUCGAGUGACGGAGAUCCUCCCAGAGAACCACGCUCAGUACGGCCUGGCCCUGCAGCUGCUGGAGGCAGUGGAGGCUCUGACCCCCGACGAUUGA